GUUGCAAACUUCACAGAGCAGUGUAUGCAGGAGAGAGGCUGCUUCUAGGACAGGCUUUUUCAAUGUGUGGAGGCACAAUUUGGAAACUUCCCUCUUAAGUGUCUGCGCGUAACCCUCUCCUACCAGCCGAGCCCCUGGCGAGCACUUUCUGCAGAGUCCUUCUGCGCCCCGCGUUCUCGCUUCCUGGGGCGCAGAUCUGCGGGUCCCUCCCCGAGGCCAGCACCCGGGGUGGUGGCUUUGGUGGCUUAGGUGGCGGUGCGCCCGGCCCAGCCCGGAAGGUCGGAGCUCUGGGGCUGCGCAGGCGGGACCGGCCGAGGCCGGUGUGGGGCGGCUGGGCCUGGGCGAGGACGGGCGGGGAUCGCCGGGGCGGGAGCAGCCGGGCCGCCGGAAUCCAAGUCGUCGUCCCAUGGGCCGCUGCCACCUCCAGUUCUUGGAGCCAUAGUGUGUGCUAGAUAAACACUCUGUCACUGGGCUACAUUCCAGCCAGAACUUGGAAUCUGAAGUCACAUGCACCUAGGGUUCGUGGUGGGACUGCCGCAUGCCAGUGAUGUGACCCCCACUUUUGAGCAAUUUGCAUAUUUCCUUGAAGAACCCUCUGAAGCCGAACAGCCUGUCCUGGGACUGAGAGAAAGGGACGCCCACGUUGGUUCUCCAGACCUGGGGCUGGGAAUGGCCACAUGGAACAGGCCACCCCUGAGGCAGCCUCUGGCCACAGAGCCAGCUGCAGGAGGGGAGUCUCAGCAGCCCCUGGGCCGAGAGCUGACAGAGGCCAACCGCUUUGCCUAUGCCGCCCUCUGUGGCAUCUCUUUGUCACAGCUGUUUCCAGAACCUGAGCAAAGUUCCUUCUGCACAGAAUUUGUGACGGGCCUGGUAAAAUGGCUGCAUUUGUCCGAAGCUGUCCUCCCAACCAUGACUGCCUUUGCCAGCGGCCUGGGAGGUGAAGAAGCCGACAUCUUUGCUCAGACUUUACUGAAGGACCCCAUCCUGAAAGGAGACCCAUCAGCAGUCACUCAGGACCUCCUCAGCUUCUCACUCAAGGAUGGACACUAUGAUGCCCGGGCCAGAGUCCUCGUUUGUCACGUGACUUCCCUGCUCCAGGUGCCCGUGGAGGAGCUUGAUAUACUCGAAGAGGCAUUCCUAGAGAGCCUAAAGGACACCAAAGAGGAGGAGUCUGAGACCGCAGAGGCAUCCCGGAAGAAGAAAGAAAAACGGAGGAAGUGGAAACGCUAUCUCCUGAUAGGCCUGGCCACAGUCGGAGGCGGGACAGUGAUUGGUGUGACUGGGGGGCUAGCCGCCCCCCUUGUUGCCGCGGGAGCCGCAACAAUCAUUGGCAGUGCUGGGGCAGCCGCGUUGGGCUCAGUGGCUGGCAUAGCUGUUAUGACCUCACUGUUCGGUGCUGCCGGAGCUGGCCUGACAGGAUACAAGAUGAAGAAGCGAGUCGGGGCCAUUGAGGAGUUCAUGUUCCUGCCUCUGACAGAAGGCAGGCAGCUGCACAUCACCAUUGCCAUCACUGGCUGGCUCGGGUCCGGCAGAUACCGCACAUUCAGCGCCCCAUGGACGGCCCUAGCCCGAAGCCAGGAGCAGUACUGUCUGGCCUGGGAAGCUAAGUACCUGAUGGAGCUGGGCAAUGCCCUGGAGACCAUCCUCAGUGGCCUCGCUAACAUGGUGGCCCAGGAGGCUCUCAAGUACACCGUGCUCUCUGGUAUUGUGGCUGCCCUGACCUGGCCGGCUUCCCUCCUCAGUGUUGCCAACGUCAUCGACAACCCCUGGGGGGUGUGUCUUCACCGGUCCGCAGAGGUUGGCAAGCACCUGGCACACAUCCUCCUCUCGAGGCAGCAGGGCCGGAGACCUGUCACCUUGAUUGGGUUCAGCCUGGGAGCCAGAGUCAUCUACUUCUGUCUGCAAGAGAUGGCUCAGGAGCAAGCUAACUGACUUAUGACUGAGACAUAUGAAGACAGCCAUGAAGCAUGCUGUGAGCUCCUCCUACAGAAGAAAACAACCAAGGCCUUUGGAGGAGAGGGUCGUGAGCCGCCUUAGCCUAAAGGACACCAUAGUGCACAGGAUGCAUGGGCCGACUGAUUGAACCACUGUCCAAGCCUCCCAGUGACCCUGCCACACCAAGAUGCUCCACUCCAGCCUGCCUAGCAGUUCACAUGGAUUGUGUGGAUACCCACCCCACCCCCGCUGCCCUCUCAAAACCCAGACAGGAAGCACACCUGCCAAGUGAGCAGGAUAUGAGCAAUGCCAGAAUUACCCGAGAUAAACAGCGCCCCCCUCCCCCGCCGCAAUAGUGGACUGUCUCACCAGCCAAGGACAUCAUCAAUUUGCUUUGGAAAUGAUGCCAGCUGGUGGCAGGGGUAAAGGUGAUGAUGUCUGCUGCCAAGCAGGGCCUCCAUUGGAGCACUCACUGAGAGACCCUGGGCCCCAGAUCAUAAUGAACCGUUCCUUCAUUUUUUUCUAUGUAUUGGCUCUGAAAAGAUUUUUAAAAUUGGACAGUUGGAGAGGGAGUUCAAUUCAGACUGACUCAUACUAGCUGGCUCUGCCAGGAAAAAAGCCCUAUGAACCAAGAAAUCAAUUCCUGCUUCAGCUUAUUUAUGCAUUUAUUCUCCUCUUCAUUCUAGAGGGACUUGAAGGGAAUUAAUUAAGGGCACUACAUAUUGUCUGUGCCCGGUGGCUCUGUCCAUGCGGUCCACACUGAGCCAGCAUGCCUCGGGGCAUAUUUGCUAAGCAAUUAAAAAGUCUGCUUCUGCUGGACCCUGGGGUCCCUCACUUCUGUCCGCCCCAGCUGGCUCCCCAUCCCUUCCCCAUCUACAGACACAUUUCAUCACCCUUCCAAGUGUCUUUGAGAUGCAGGACAACAGGGGAGAAUCAGAGGAACAAAGGAGCACUGGAUGUAAAGUUCAGAGACCUGAAUUCAAGUCCAGACCCUGCUGAUUUCUGUCUGGGUGACCUUGGGCAAGUCACUUCAACGCUCCAAACCUUAGGUUGAUUAGUAAAAUGAUACCACUGCCUGUGGUAGUUAUUCUGGGUUUUAACAGUUGCCGCUUGCUGGCUGUGGACUAUGUGACAGGCCAUGUGUGAAGGGCUUUGCCUGUUUUCUCUCACUGAGUACAACCAACGUCACUGAGAGGUAGGCACUACUAUCCCCAUCUUGACUCUGGUGAAGUGAAGGUCAGAAAAUACAUCAAUGCGCCUAGCAGAGCUAGGGUGUGACUUGGUGAUAAAGUGCCUGCCUAGCAUGCACAAGACCCCAAGUUCAGUCCCCAAUACCACAAAGAGAAGGCUGGGGCAGUAUGGGAGAUAAAGUCAUCAGGAAGUUUCCAUGCAAGAGAGUAGAGCCUGGAUCCAGCAGAAAUGCUCAUAGCCAAGCCUGCAUCCAAACCCGUUGGUGCUCUUCCCAGCUGAGCAAGCAAAUUCCACAUGUUCAGUCUCCUGAGAAAAGGGCCCAGUGAUGCUUGCUUCACAGAACUAGUCAUACGCUUAAGUGGGAAUACAUCUCUAAAGCAGUGAGGUACGUGGCUGGCCAGGAAGCAGUAGCCAUGCAGGA